AUGAGUGUAAUUUUAAAAAAAAUAAAUCGUCUUAAACCUAAAAUAAUAAAAGGUGUAUCAAAUACGCUACAAGGAUACAUUUUUGGAUGCAUGAUGGGACUUUUUACAGGAAAUAAAGAACCAUCUAUCAGAAGUGUCCAUCAAUCAGGAAAAGAUGUUGCAAAGAUUUGUGCAAUUUAUUCUACAGCAGAGACUGUUAUUGAAGCUGUAAGAAAAAACGAUGAUUUUUAUACUCGGGCAUUAAGUGGUGCUUUAACGGGCAGUUUAUGUACAAAAGAUAAGUUUCUUAGUACAUCCAAUUUAUUUGGAACAUUUAGUCUUGGAUUGUAUUCUGGCUUGUCAAAAUAA